UUGUCCUUUCUUUCUCUUUUCCAUUUUUUUUUGUUUCCUGAAGUUUAUUACCAGAAAACCCAACUGUUUUCUCUAAACUGUUUUUGUCUGUAUCAGUUGACUUGUUUUCUAAUCAAAUGAUUGAUAUCCAUUGGUUUCUGUGUCAUGAACGAGUUGGGUUUUUUUUUUUUUUUUAAAUUGAUUAUCCAUUUGUCUUGUUUUCUAGAGAGGUGUUCUUGAUUGGAUUUUGUAUGUAUUAAAUGGGAUUUUUUCUUUUUGUGUGUUCCUAAUUUCUUGCUUCAAUGAAAGGUGGUAGGUUGGUGGGGUUGACUUAUUGUUUCUUGAAUAAAAUGUUGAAUUUUGGGCGUAUUUAUUUUUUCGACGAUUUUCGAUAUGUGGUUUGUCCAAUUGAGAAGAUUGGAUUGGCUAGUUUAUGAUUUAACCGAAAAUGGAAUUUCUCGAAAUAAUUAAGUAUGAUCAUGGCUGAUUCUUGGUUCGGAGGAAUUACUACAUUAGCCAGUGUUUAGUAAGAAGAGUGAUGGUGAGCAUUCGAAGGCGACGACUCCUAGGAUUAUGCUCAAGUAUCCAAGGAAAAAAUUCCGUAUUGGAUCCGGUUCCACGGGUUUUGGAGCAUGGACACACUCCUCUGCCUUUGAACGAUGAUUACAAGCCAAAACAUGAAACCAGCUUGGAAAACGAACACGGUUCACCGGAUUUAUCUUCUUCAAGCCCAUCUAAAGAGCACCCUUUUCGACAAUUCCCUGAAGUCAAACGCAGAAAACGCCACAGGAGAAAGCAAGUUCAAAACCAAGAACCAUGCACCAUGCGAGGUGUCUAUUACAAGAAUCGUAAAUGGCAAGCCGCAAUUAAAGUUGAUAGGAAACAGAUUCAUUUAGGAACUGUUAGCACCGAAGAAGAAGCCGCUCGAUUAUACGACAGGGCUGCAUUUAUGUGCGGGAGGGAGCCGAACACUGUAAUAUCCGAGGAGGAAAAAGAGGAGCUGAGAAAGUACAAGUGGGACGAGUUUUUAGCGAUGACACGCUCGUCGAUUACCAACAAGAAAGUACAGAGGAGAACCGGUUCGGGUUCGCGGAGAAAAUCUCAAAACGACGAGCAUGGAUACAGUGGUCUAUCAGCUUCGGAAGAUGACAUAUUUGCCCCUUGAUCGAUUUUUUGUUAAUUCUUUUCGUAUAUAAGAAGAGCCCCUAUUUGGGCAGAUCACAUGAAAAUUUUCCCAGGAAAAGAAAAUUAUUAUUAUCAUCAUCUUUAAUUUCUUUUUAAAAUGUAAUUUUAAUUUUGUUUUAUUUUUGGAUUCGUGGUACUUGUGCAUGACAUAUAACAUAUGAUACUAAUGAAAUUCAUUGUUUGAAUGCAUAUUUUGACACUU